ACAGGAACAAAGGCAUCACCUUAUUUGGAGAUUAAUGAAUAUGCUCCUUUGCAUCCAGCAACUCGAUCCUGGGAAGUUCCAAGAGAAAACGUCACCAUUGAAAAGGUGAUUGGAAAAGGUGCAUUUGGACAGGUUGCUCAAGGGACAGCCUCAGAGCUGCGAGGGAGAGAUGGAACGACAAGAGUGGCCAUUAAGAUGUUGAAAGGUACCCUAUCAGGCUAAGACUGUGUUAUGUUUUCCUUUUCAUGGCAUGUGUCUUUAAAGAAGAUCCGGUUGCACAAGGGGCAUACCUGGGACACCAAACAACUGUACGAUAACGACAACAAAUGUAUAAGAUGGUGCUGACCCGCAACUGUAUCAGGAACACUGAGAGAGACGGGUCAGGCACAGAUAAAAUAGUAAUUUAUAUUAAUUACAUCAUAUACAAAUAAGUUUAAAGAAGGUUGAAAGAGAAAAAAGUAGAAUAAAAUUAUACUUUUUUUAGGAAAUUAGAUGGCAUUUUCAACUCAUGGUAUUAGUAUGAAGAAAAGAUAAGCAAUAGUGGCUAGGUUUUUUAACCUUUGUAAACGGAAGAUGAGAAUAAUAUCUACUACGAACAUUAUUAAGAAGUGAAUUGAGAUGGAUUUAUAUUACUGUUACUGUUAUCAUUGAGGCUAAAAAGAUCGCCGGAGAUCAUAAAAGUUAGUGAGUCUAUCAAUAUAUAUCUUACUUAGUAAAUAGAGGUUUAGGAGAUGGUUAGAGAAAUUUACUAACACGUCCGUAUUUCCACCUGCACUAGAGUACGUCCGCACCACUAGGAAUGCAAAAUAGCGAGCAAACGCGGAAUAUCCCGGAGUAAAAAAAUUUUAACAUACCGUUUUAGUAGUCAUUUCGUCUUUUUAGGCUAUCACUAAGAAUUAGACAUUUCCGUGAAGAUAUAUACAGUUAGGAGAUGUAUUUAAAAGCUUGUAUUGGAGGUUCGUUUGGUUCUAUUUUAUUCAUGUUUCACAUGAAAGAAGCCAGGCUGAGUUCAUGCUUGUACUGUAAUACCUAGAGAAAACCCUGUCCUCUUGCUAAUGAUAACCCUGUCUGGUUAAAAUGCGAGUUACGCUUUACGGUUUUCCUUAGUACGUCUUAAACUUGCAGAUAACGCCCGCGAGACUGACAAAGAGGAUUUGAUGUCAGAACUUGAAGUGAUGAAGAAACUUCAACCUCACCCACACGUUAUAAAGCUGAUGGGAUGUGUUACUGAAAGUGGUAACAAUAUUUACAUAAUCAUGUAA